CUUUAGCUCCAGACGCCGGUUCUGAGUGAGCUAACCUUCACAGUGAGGGUUUCUCUUAUCUGUUUGAUCAUCAUUCAUCGGGCCUGAAGCAGUGGUACAGAUUGACAGAACGAUGAAGUGGCUCGGUGCGAGUAGCGCUGGUGCUGCGGGUGAACCGGCACCUUCUAUGCAGUUACACCAUCCAUCCGCGAAUGGACACAUACCCACGGAUGCAGAGCAAUGCGGACAAGUAAUGGCUGGUGGUGAUAGUAUGCGUAUACAACCUGGUCAAACACAUCAAAUUGGUGUGAACAGAACUCAAGAUGAUGCUAUGGUUGGUUAUGUUUUUCAACGACCUACAGAAGAAUUUAAUGCCCAAUCCUCAACUUUUCAAACAAAACAGGCACCACGUGCUUGGGCACUUGCAGAUGAUGCAAUUAUUGAUAAUAAUCCAGAAAAAUGGAAGUAUCCCAUUACUAAACUGAGUGUACCACAACAGAAUCAACCACAACAAUUGGGUCUACAAACUAUGAACAAUGUUCAUCUACCAUAUGAAAUCCAUCCAAUGCAACUCAAAAGUGGAGCACCAGGAGCAGAACAUUUAGUUUAUCUCAAUAAUCAAAUGACAGCACAGCAACAAGUUGCCCUCUUUCAUCAUCAACAGCAACAACAACAACAGUUUAGAAAUGGCCAGAUCGCUCCCUCGGCAAAAAAGCUCUGGGGCGUGGACGAGGGCGGCUCCAAGGACGAAGGGGGUGUAAAAGGCGGUGGGAUACUUCACCUGGGCGACCACCAGAUGUGGCGAGAUUCUACCUGGAGCACAUCAGAUCAUGCCGUCUCACAACCGAUUUCCAUGGGCACAGGUAGACGCGUGGGUGUCGGGACUGGAUACCAUCAUCAAACAUCGGAAGUUGGAACGGUCCUUAGCCCUAGAAGCAGUGAAACAGGUGGUCUGGGUGUUAAAAUGGUGGAAUACGUUCUUGGAUCAAGUCCUACGACACCCAAAGAUUUGGAACCCCGAAUGGUUUCUUUGAGAUUGAACACCGAUGCAGAUAAGAAAGAAAAAGAGAAGGGCUCGGCAAGUCCUUUUGACAGUUCUAAAGACGAUACUGGUCCACAAAACAACGGAUUAGCGUCCCAGAAUGGUCUCGAUGAUGACAAAGGGUUUAAUCGCACACCAGGCAGUCGCCAACCCUCUCCCGGCGAAGAAGAAUUUCAGAAGAAUGCAGCAGCAACCCUGGCUGUUAGCGCCGGCGGUGGUGGUGUUGUGUUGCUGAAACCAGGUGUGGAUGUGGUCGGCAGCGAGGAGCAUUUCAUGGCAGCGUUUGCACCGGCUCCUCCGCAUCAUUUACAACAUCAUCAAGCACCGCCGACCCAUCAUCUUCAACAUCCACACUCUCACGCGGCGCAGCUCUUUGGUGCACAAGCUCCGCCACCCCCACAGGGUCCUCCUCCCUCGCAGCAACAACAACAACAGCAGGGACCUCCACAGCCGCAAGACACCACCACUCACUUUGAUGUUCAGCAACUGUUCCGAAGUCAGCCGCAAGGGGCCACGCCACAGCAAUUACAGCUACUGCAACAGCAACAGCAACAACAACAGCAACAGUUUUUAGCUGCGUCGCAGGCGCAGCAACAGCAGCAGCAACAACAACAGCAGAACUUUCCCACGGCGCCGUAUACGGUGAUCAGCGGACAGGAACCGUACGUCGGAGCUUUGAUAACCGGUGCACCGCCUCCAGUUGUGCCACAGUACUAUGGGGUCGCACCAUGGGUUUAUCCAGCUGGAUUACUACCGCAAGCACCACCUCAGGCCGCGGCGCCUCCACCACCCAGGCGACCGCUGACACCAUCAUCGGCCGCGGCCGCGGCAGCUGCCGCCCAAGACACUGCAAAUAAUUUGGCCCAGACUGUUCAAGGACAGUAUCAGGUGAUACCAGCGUAUUACGAUCAAAAUGGAUCGAUCGUGAUGGGUGGAGUGCGCGGAUUGAGCUCCGCGGCAACCCCCAUGAGAUUAGUCAGUCCAGCGCCAGUUUUGGUGAACAGAGCUCCGUCGCAACCGCCACCGGGACCACCAGCUCCUCCACCACCGAGUCUAUAUUCACAGCCAACGCCGACGUCGCACAGUAACGCGACGCCUGGCGAAUGUUUGGGUCUGGCGGCGUGCAGUGCAGCAGCGGUGGUUGCACAAGCUCAGGCGGUCGCGGUGCAGCAGGCACAACAGCAAGGAUCGGGACUGGCCGCUGGUUUAGCGGCCCUAGGAUAUGGCGGCUCCCCUCUGGGAGCACUGGGCUCACCAGCUCAGCUACAGAGCACAGGUCUGGGCCUUGGCGCUUCGUCAACCGCGCGAAGAGACUCCUUCGAUAGAAACACAUCUGCUUUCAGCCCUAGCCUCGAAUACAGCCGUGCAAAGUGGCCACAGAGUUACGGAGCACUAGGCACGGUAACAGCGUCACCAAGCCCAUUAGGAUUAUCCUUAACGCCACCGCCAACUUUGGGAGGGUCUUUAGGUGGACUGGUCGGUGGAGCCAGCCGAGUAUCAGCUGCCCCCGGCGCUGAAGCCAAGUUCCGUGCUAGUGCAGUCCCAGCUUUAACGGCUAAUGGGGUUUUCGGCUCCAGUAGCUCUCUUUUCCCGAACUUAGUGGGCAAACCAGGACGCGGCGGUACCACCAGCAUCGGUGAUAAAAACGCGGGAGGACGAUCACGCUUGUUGGAAGACUUCAGGAAUAACCGAUUCCCGAGCCUUCAGCUGCGCGAUCUGGCCAACCACAUAGUCGAGUUCAGUCAAGAUCAGCACGGCUCCCGUUUUAUUCAGCAGAAAUUGGAACGUGCCUCUGUCAGCGAAAAACAGCUUGUAUUCCAGGAAAUUCUCACCUCUGCUUACUCAUUGAUGACGGACGUCUUUGGGAAUUAUGUUAUUCAGAAGUUUUUCGAGUUUGGUACGCCUGAACAGAAGUCCACACUUGCUCAAAAGGUUCGAGGCCACGUACUGCCUUUGGCACUGCAGAUGUACGGUUGUAGAGUGAUUCAGAAAGCCCUCGAAUCGAUCGGACCGGAGCAACAGCAAGAGAUUGUCCGAGAGCUGGACGGUCACGUAUUGAAAUGCGUUAAAGAUCAAAAUGGAAAUCACGUCGUGCAAAAAUGUAUCGAAUGCGUCGAACCACGAGCACUGCAGUUCGUGAUCGGUGCAUUCGCCGGUCAGGUUUAUUCUCUGAGCACCCAUCCAUAUGGUUGUAGAGUGAUUCAACGUAUUCUCGAGCACUGCACUACUGAACAGACUCAAGGUAUCCUUGGCGAGCUACAUGCUGCCACUGAUCAGCUCAUUCAAGAUCAGUAUGGCAAUUACGUUAUCCAGCAUGUGCUUGAACAUGGAAAGCCAGAAGACAAGGCACAAUUAAUCAGCAGUGUUAGAGGAAAGGUACUUUCCCUCUCACAACACAAAUUCGCGAGUAACGUGGUUGAGAAAUGCGUGACCCAUGCUACAAGACAAGAGCGUUCUGUACUCAUUGAAGAAGUGUGCGGAUUUAACGACAACGCAUUAAACGUCAUGAUGAAGGAUCAGUAUGCCAACUACGUGGUUCAGAAGAUGAUCGAUGUAGCAGAACCAGCACAACGUAAAGUAUUGAUGCACAAGAUCCGCCCACACUUAGGUAGCUUGCGCAAGUACACCUACGGCAAGCACAUUAUCGUCAAGCUGGAGAAGUUCUUCAUGAAAACUGCGUCUGCAAUGGGGGUGGCAACGCCUGCUGGUGCUUCAAGUGGUGGAGGUGAUCUUGGUCCGAUCGGACCGCCUGCUUCUGCUGCUGGUCCAGUGUCUACACCAGCUCAGCAGCCAACGCAGGUUUUAUAAAGCGUACGGUUUCCGAAUGUUAUACGAAAAGAAAAAGCAAACCUCGAGAUCUUCGUACGUUCCAGAAACACGUACCAAGACCUACGUUAAUAUUUAUUGCAACGUAUGUAUCUCGCCGUUAAUUCAAACGGGCGAGCAAAAAAUAGAAAAGAAAGAAGGAUGCAUUUCGGUGUGCCGUCUGUCUCGUUGUCCCUUCUUGGAAAACUAUAAAAAACUACGAAUGAAAAGAGGUAUCCGUUUAAGACGAAGAGGGGGGAAGAAAAAAAGUGAAUCACCAAGACGAUUUUUCUUAUUUUUGCAAAACCGUGGGGGGGGAAAAAAAAGAAAGAAGGAGAAACCAACAAUUUGUACAGAACAACAAGAAUGGACAACGCGAGAUCACGGUGCGAGGGGAAAAAUGAUAAAAAGGAAACAGAAAUUUCGAGGUGAAAUGUGUGUCAGGAGGGGAAAAAAAAAAAUGGAAAUCAAUUUGUAGAAAUAACGUUAGAGGUGCAGUGCAUUUUUUCUAUUAGUAAUCCAACGUGCUGCCGAAAUAAUAUAUUCAAUAGCGAUUUAUCAAUUGUGAAAUGUCGCGAAAAUUGCACCAAUAACGUUCGAGAACCGAGUUUCUUCGCAACGGCUGGACAAGCUUCGAGCAAUCGUAAGAGAAACUGUAGUGCUGAGAUGGCUGAUUGUCUUUUAAAGCAGAAAAGAGAAAAAAAAGCAAACACCACUCGUUUGAUCAAUGAGUUUAAAGCAGUUCCAACACGGCACGAUAGUUCCGAGAAUUUGUAACUUGAAACUUUCCCCCCGCCCCCACUCCCCCCCACUUCAUUUUUGAGUAACGAUCGUUCUUUAAACACAAUUUAUCCUUUUUAAACUCAGCACUCUUUCGGUAAGGAGCAUAGCUCUGUCCUCUGGCAAAAAAAAAAAAAAAAACACCUUAAAACACGUAUGAACAAACAAACAAAAUAAAAAAAUAAGCAAAAGAAAUAGAAAAAAAAAACCAACAGGCGGAGAGAAGUUCCGGCGAGCCGUUCACGCCAACGAUUCGUCGUGAUGACAGA